AUUAAUUCGCUCUGGUUUGAGAGAUGCUUAAACAAUGGCAAAAGUGGAGCUGCUUAUUGAAUUAGUAAAAAGACACAAAAUAUUGUACGAUUUGGCGGACGAGGACUACAAAAACAUCAGAAAAAAGGACAAGAUAUGGGACGAAAUUGGAUUGGAGCUGGAAGAAAGUGGUGAUGAAGUAAAAAAAAAAUGGAAAAAUUUACGAGACUCUUUUUCAAAAUAUUUGAGGUCAACAAAACGUAUUACAGGGAAAGCCGCAGUUCAUAAAACAUGGAUUUGGGCCAAACAAAUGGAAAGUUUUCGUCCAUUUAUUUCGUUUGCUAAAACGUCUUCGAAUGCCAGUGGCAUUGAACCAUCUAAACCAUCUUCAUUCACGGAAACUUUUCAAUGCACAGAACCACCAGAAUCGCAUAUGGAUGACGAGAGCAAUGAUGAAUUGAACCAAUCUAUCGUAUCUAUUCCUGCCGUUGAUGCUGAAAGACCUCCAUUGAAGCGCUUGAAAAGAUCUACCCCACAACCAACGUCCUCCGUGAAGGAUGUAAUUGAAUAUUUGCAUACAAAGAAUAAAAAAGCGCAAGACGAUGUUGACAUUUUGUUUAUGGCGCAUGCCCAAACAAUUAAAAAAUUCAGUCCGAGGAGACAGGCUCAAAUAAAAUUUAAAAUUGCAAAACUUAUUAUGGAGGAAGAAAUGGCGAGUCUUGAGGAAAAUUCACCCAGUUACUCUAUCAAAAUAACUUCUUCAUCGGACGAAGACAUUUUUGCGAAUAAAAAAUAAACAUCACGCGGUUUAUUCGCGCCGCUGCCGCUGCGAUUUAUUCGCUCUAAUUUGAGAGAUGCUUAAAUAAUGUACCAGUUUUGGUACAAAUGUACUAAGUGUAUAGUCAGUUGAAUUGACUGACAGAUCCGUCACUCCUGCCCACAUAGCUAUUUUAUAGCAAAAUCUGGCUAUUUAGUUUUUAAUUUUAUUGCUCGAAAAAUUUUCUAAUUGUUAUUUGCCGGAAAUCUGACAAUUUAAAAUAUAUACUUAGCAGUUUUGCUGUUAAUACCUUUUAUUUAUGGCCCCCAA